AAAGGUUAAAGUGGUGACUGUUAUCUUAUAAAUAUGUUCUUGUAUAAAUGAAUAAGUAAUGUUGUUGUGCUAUGAAAGAAAUAAAAGUCUUGAUUCGAAUUGUACACUUUUAAAGUCGUAGUUUUGUUAUUAAUUAAAUUAACUGGACCAAUAAACCACAGAGUUAUUAUUUAUUUAAAUACAACAUAAAUAUAAUGUUAAAAAUUUGGAAACUUCUAUUUGCAUAUUGACACCUUUAACCUUCAUGUAGCUUAAAACCGCUUGUCUUAUUUGUUAAAAUCAGUUUAUAAUGGGUUUUGAUGGAAUCAUCGUCAUGAAACUGCGUUUCAUAGUUUUGACUUGUUUUCUCCUCUCUCUAACUCACGGAAGACCAAAUCAUUCCGUUUCACAAGAGCAAUUAGCUCGUGUGCAUGAAGAAGCUAUUAUCCAUUUUGGUCCUCCUAAAGAUUACACAAAUUUAGACAUUCCUCCAAUUAAAGGUUAUUUUGAUGAACCAGAUAAUGAGCAUCCUUAUCGUUUUAAUUUCACCAAUGAUGGUUCAGGAAAUUAUUAUUUUGGUUUUGAUACUUUUGUUCUGAUGCGUUAUGAAAUUGGAGAAUUGAAAAACGUAGACACUGAUAAUGAAAUUCAGUCUGUUAGAGGACAAUACCAAGACAGAUAUGUCAAUGAAGAUGGGGUUCAUAUCGUACGAACAAUUGGUUACGUAGCUGAUGAAAAUGGUUAUCGACCUUUUUUGAUAGGGUUAUCUUUUGUGUUAUCUACAGCAUCUGAACCGAAAAAAGGGCUUUCUUCUGCUGCUUUGGGGAGUUUGAUCGGAGGAAAUAGUCUGGGAUAGUUUGGUUGUUUUGAAUAAACAAAAACAAUUAAAAAAAAUACGUUUGAAACCAUGAA